CCUCGCAUUAUGGGCUUAGAACGGCAGGGGGGCGCUGGCGGGGGCGGGUGGCACACUUGAGCGCAUGGAUCUGGCGUUGGUGGUGGACAACUCAUAGCGCUGCAAAAAAUACCCUUGCAUUAAAUUAUGUAUAGUUGACACUUCUAUAUUGUCUCGGGCUUGGGUGGGUGUUAUGGUACCUUUUCGUUGUUUCAGACUUUUGUAAUAAACAUACAAAAUUUUUAUAGCCCAAAUGUACAGUAAUAGCAUGACAGGAUUUACAAAUCUGUCAAAGAUUUGUAAAUUGUAAUUUUUUUCCUUGAACUAUAGGCCUAUCAAAUGAUUAUGGUGGUAAUAUUUGUUUCUUAUUUAAUAGCGACUUUUUACAACAAUUAAUAUAAACAAUCAUUUUUAAUAGCAAACGAUAAGAUUUCUUUACAGUGACAUUGCUAAGAGUAAAACGGCAGGUGUUUUGAAGGUUCAUCAUGCAUUUUUUGUGUUAUUUACAGUUUUUUUUUAAUCAAUCACUUUAUUUUCUAUAUAUGUAAUGAAUGAAAUACAUCCAAUGAACAUUAGCAAAAAAUUAAAAAAUUUACUAUUAAUAUUAAUAAAAAACAUUGUUUAUAAAUUAUUGCCAGACUGAGUAAAAACUUAUUUUUAAAUGCAUCCUUUAAUUUUGCCAUUCCGUACUCUGUUAUCGCAGACAACUUGGUCUUAUUAUACCUAACAUUUAUAUCAAAUGAGAUUUUUUUUCCAGAGUUUAAUUCGAUGAAAGAUGGCACAAAGUACGCACGGUGGGAGUCACCGUCGGAGUCGAGACAACGAGGCCACAUCGACAAGGUAUACCAAUAGUGAUUGGGAAGCGAAAGAAGCACUCUACCAACGAGAAUUAGACGAGGCCCGCGCAAGGGCAACGCAAAUGGAGAAAACGAUGCGCUGGUGGUCAGACUGCACGGCCAACUGGCGAGAAAAAUGGAGCAAAGUCCGCACCGAACGAAACAAAGCCAGGGAAGAGGCGAAGCUACUUAAGACCAAAGCCGACACUCUAGCAAAAGAAGUCACCAAUUUAAAAGCGGAAAAAAAUGAAAUAGAACACCUGCUCGUUGAGGCGAAACGAGAUAACGAAAAAUUACUAAGCAUAGGUGAGAGCAGAGUGUUGUCUGGAGAUUUGACGAUGGAAGAUGGGGUUGAAUUAAGAAAGAAGAAUUUGGGUUAUAUGUCACCGAACGAUCAGCUUUCAAUAAGGCAGAGAGCGUCUCUUGACUCUCACAAAUUCUCAAACGUUGAUAGUGUUCUCACAAACAAGUUAGCUGAAUUGCGGCUUCGACUCGACGAGACCAGCAAUAGCUUACAGAGUGAGAAAGACCAGAAGGCUUUCUUGCUUAGUAAGGUGGAGACACUUACUGCAGAAUUGCACAAUGCUAAAAUGGAGCUGACUCAUGGGGAUAGGACUUUAGGCUCCACAGAAUCUAGUCAUAGUGAAGUAGAGAGACUCCAAAACGAAUUGCAAGACGAGAUAGCAGCUAAACAAGUGUUGGAAGAGAGAAUUGCUGAAUUCAAAAUGGAAGUGGAGAGGCUCAAGUCUGAGAAUACUGUCCAAUGGAGUAAAAGAGAGCUUUUAGAGACAGAAAACAUAGCUAUUCUAAGAGAAAACAAGAAGUUGUAUAGCCAAGUGUGCGAAUUGAGGGAACAGAUACACAAGCUCAAUCGUAUCUCGGAUGGAAGCGUGUACGGUGUUCCUUUUGUAAAUGAGCACUCUAAAUUGAACUCUAAUAUAUUGUACGUUAGGAAAUCUAGUGCAAGUCCAAGAUCGCAUGAUUCUAGCAAUGGAUCUUCGGAAGCGAAUCUCGCCCAAUCGGACGCUAAAACGAAUACAUCCGGCGAGGAGGACGAACUAGCUAUAGUUGAAAGAAACGAUAAUUGUUAAUAAAUACUCACGCAAUUAACUCCUUGUAAAUUAAGUUAAAUAAUUCAGAACGCAACGAAACACGAAAAGUUUAUUUUUCACGAAAUUCCAAUGAAAGAACCAGUGACGUUAUUUUUUUCCUUCUCUUGUUCUUUGCAAACUUUUUGCUUUUCCCCAAAGAGAAUAUUAUUCGUACUUUUCUAUCAUAGGUCUUUUAUCAUUAAUAUCUUCGAUCAACAAUAUUUAUAUAAUUAUUAUUUGAGCAAAGAGAUAUGAAAUAGCAAC